CCGCGCGGGGCCGCGCUGGGGCUGCGGCGGGAGGUUACCGUAUUUACCGAGGCCGAAGGCGGACCCUCGGGGGCGGGUCACUGCGGGCGCGCUACCGUAUUUGUCGGGAGCCGCGCAGGUCCUUUCCGGGAGUGCGAGCGCCACGACUUAAUUACGGACUGGUGAUUGCAGCUGAAGUGCCCAUGACCGAGCUGGCGUCCUCCGGGGGCGGGUCCCCUGCCGGGGACGGGGAGGAGGGUCUAGGGGACGAGCGAGGCCUGGUCAUCCACCACCCGGCGGAGGAGCAGCCCUACAGCUGCCCGCUGUGCGGCCAGACCUUCUCGCAGCAACCCAGCCUAGUGCGGCACCAGAAGGCGCACGCCGGAGCGGGCCGCGCUGCCGCCUUCGUGUGCCCCGAGUGCGGGAAGGCCUUCAGCGUCAAGCACAACCUCGAGGUGCACCAGCGCACGCACACCGGGGAGAGGCCCUUCCCCUGCCCCGAGUGCGGCCGCUGCUUCAGCCUCAAGCAGAACCUGCUCACGCACCAGCGCAUCCACAGCGGCGAGAAGCCGCACCAGUGCGCCCAGUGCGGCCGCUGCUUCCGUGAGCCGCGCUUCCUGCUCAACCACCAGCGCACCCACGCGCGCAUGCCCGCGCCGCACCCACGCCGCCCCGGCGUCUUCGGGGAGCGGCGGCCCUACUUCUGCCCCCGCUGCGGCAAGAGCUUCGCGCGCGAGGGCUCGCUCAAGACCCACCAGCGCAGCCACGGCCACGGGCCGGAGGGCCAGACCGCCCACUUAGGCCGCGUGCUAUGACGCGCCCAGGGCCUGCUGCCGACGGCUGCUUCCUGUCCUGCACCUGCCUCCUCGACCCCUGGAGAUGGCCCUGGGCUGCAGCCCCCUCUCUGGAUGGGAUCCUGGCCGAGGGGCACGGCUGGCUUGGGCUCUUGAAGGUGUGGGCCACCCCCGGGCUCCGGCCACCCCCUUGCGUUCCUCCCUUGGGACCCUCCAGCUGGCUGCACUCAGCUGCUUCGGGCUCCUGCCAUGGUUCUCCUUCCCUGGCCCAUCCGGCUUAGAGCAGAUGCAGAGUGGGAGGAUCUUAUGACGGAUAGGUGCAGGGCCCAUCUGGACAUGGAGACCAGGAAUGGGGUUCCACGGGGGCCUGGCUGGCACUGCACCCCGGCAUGAGGACACAACCACUACGAAGACCUUCCUGGAGAGAUGCGCUGUGGUGACCAGUGGAGGUGACUGGUUGGAGCCUGGAAUUGGAGGCAGAUCACAAGCUCUGGUGGACAAACUCCCCAGGCCUGGUGGGGGCCACAGCUGGGGCAGAUCUCAUCCUGGCUGCCUGGACACAGGCUACUCUCUGCCACUGGUGGUGGUUCGAUGCCUGUGUGGAGAGCUGGCUUCUCUGCUCCUGCCUGGUCCACCACUUGGCUAGAGUUCAGAGACAGGAAGUGACUGGUCUAAGCUGACACAGCAAGUUUGUGGCAGACCUGGUUCUAGAGGCAAAACCUUCUGCCAGAUGUAAAUGAAACCUGCAGCUUCCUUUUUCUUUCUGAGCAGGGCUUCUUAGCACUCUGGGGACACGAAGCCCUUGGAAAAUCUGAUGAAGGUUAUGGACCUUCUCUAGGAAAACAGACAAGUCACGUAGACUCAAAAACCCUAAGCAAUUUCAGGAGCCACUGGACUCCCUGAAUGAAACCCACCCCUGGACUCCAGGCUAAGACCCUCAGCCCCUGGGGCUUCACCUGCUGCCUGUUCGUUACCUGUCACACAUUGAGCCCUGAGUCAAGGCCACUGUACAGGUAGUGCCCCUCCCUCCCCUGGCCAAGCCUCCUUCCCUUGUUCGGGAAUAAAGAAUUCCAAGGAGGGGAGCUUUUUAGUCAGUCCCUUCUAGACCUAGCGAGCGAUGCGUUAGGUUUCUGGAACCUCAUUUCCCUUCCAUAGAUGUUGGCAUAGGUCCCCUCGGCUAGAUUUUUUUCUCUGAUUUUGUGUUUCUUGUUCUGCCUGACUAGUCACUGGCUUCCACAAAGGAGCCCUUUGCUCCUUGCUGGGCUCUGAUUUCACUGUGUGGUCUCAGGGGAAGCUGGACUGCUGUGGACACCUGUGGGAGCUUGAGUUUGGUCUGAGUCUGUCCCAGGGAGAAAGAAUCCUGCUUCCACCAACCAAGCCCAGUCAGCGGUGCCUCCCAACUAGCCAAGUGUUCAGCCCAGCGGGCUGGGGAGGAAGAGGAUGAGGGCCUCGCUGCUGGUCGCUGUAGCUCUGGGCAGGGUGAGAGGUCGGUGAAGGAGCUUUCUGUGUGUUCUCUGAGUGUGCAGCAGUGCAGUUGAAGGGAGCAGGGCCCAGGCUGGGAGCAGGGCAAGGACUCCUCCCAUCUUCACACCUGAACCAGUCAGCCUGGAAUCCACGGUUCUUUUUUUUUUUUUUUUUUUUUUGAGAUGGAGUUAUGCUCUUGUUGCCCAGGCUGGAGUGCAAUGGCACGAUCUCAGCUCACCACAACCUCUGCCUCCUGGGGAACCCACAAGCUCUCACCUGCUUCCCCAAAAAAGGCGAAACUGACCAGGGCUGGGGUGGGUUUGGGUCAGGGUGGUUUGAGGGCAGCCUGUGGAUUCCUGCCCUGGAGUCUUGCUGUCUUCGAUGCACUUUGGGUCAUAUGUUCUUACCUCCUACUGCAUGCCUCAUCCUGGGAUAGCGCAAGGCUUAGGGGGUAUCCGAAGAGAAGGUACUCCCAGCCCCAGCAGCUUCCACUCUGGUUCUGAUCCUUGGCCAACCUAGAGGAAACCUCCACACACCCCUUCUCUGCUAAUGGUGCAGUUUGUGUCCCCCUCUGCCCGUCACUGUGCUGCGCUCGUUCCUGCCUCUGUGCCUUCCCUAUAUUGCUCUGACAUGGCCCCUUUCCCCUCCUCUACUCCGCUAAGCCCUUCUGAUCCACAGGGCCUGGCUUCCCCAAACCACCCAGCCCACAUUCCUCCUUCCCUGUGGAAUAGGUCCUGUGUGAGCUCCCACCCCCAACUGUGUGUUGCGCCACUGGACGCUCCAGUCUCUGUGUGUGUCUUGAGUCCCCAACGAGACAGCGAGCUCCCUGAGGGCAAGGGACUGUCAUUUCCUCUUGAGCCCUAUCAAAGCCUAGCACAUGGCUGGGCUCCUAAGUCUCAGGAAACACUUGUCAGCUGACUAGUGCCUCAAGCACUGGAGCUCGUGGGGUGGACGGUAAUGGGCAGUGCGUGUGGUGAGGCGCUGUGUGAGCUCACUCGAGGGUGCCUUUCACUGGGCUGUGGGCUGGCUCCCCUGAGUCAAAAGUGGAUGUCGGAGGCCUCAAGCUCUUACCUCCUUGGGGUGGUGGGAGCAGCAGGGACCCCCUGGUCUGCAGGACUGCACGGAAGUGGUUGUCCAGACUGGAUGUUUCUACAGGUUGCUGACACCUGCGGGAGCUGACAGAGUUGAAUAAAUGUUCCCGACAUCA